CACAGUUUGUUUCACAUUUAUUCAUUACCUAGAGACGGAUAAAUAGGUCGUUCUGGUUGUCGUGCUUCCUCCUUACUACUUUUCAAGACAUUCAACAAAUCCAUCUGUAGGUAAAAUGGAAAUAGGUGAAGGACCUCCUCCAGACAUUGCAGAUAUUCCAUAUAUUCCAGACAUCCCAUAUAUUCCAGACAUCCCAUAUAUUCCAGAUAUCCCAGAUAUUACAAAUAUUCCAGACAUUGCAGAUAUCCCAGCGCCGCCAUAUCCUGGUCCGCCAUUGGACUCAAGUGUGGUCAUCAAUCAACCUACCCCUGUUGAUCAGCCAGUGACCCAGCCUCAUCCUCAGCAGUAUCAGCAACCUGUCGACCAGAAAUAUCCCCAGCCUGUUGCUCAGCAGUAUCAGCAACCUGUUGACCAGAAAUAUCCCCAGCCUGUUGCUCAGCAGUAUCAGCAACCUGUUGACCAGAAAUAUCCCCAGCCUGUUGCUCAGCAGUAUCAGCAAUCUGUCGACCAGCAAUAUCCCCAGCCUGUUGCUCAGCAGUAUCAGCAAUCUGUCGACCAGCAAUAUCCCCAGCCUGUUGCUCAGCAGUAUCAGCAAUCUGUUGACCAGCAAUAUCCCCAGCCUGUUGCUCAGCAGUAUCAGCAACCUGUUGACCAGCAAUAUCCCCAGCCUGUUGCUCAGCAGUAUCAGCAACCUGUUGAUCAGCAAUAUCCCCAGUCCGGUGUCCAGCAGUAUCAGCAACCUGUUGACCAGCAAUAUCCCCAGCCUGUUGCUCAGCAGUAUCAGCAACCUGUUGAUCAGCAAUAUCCCCAGCCUGUUGCUCAGCAGUAUCAGCAAUAUCCCCAGCCUGUUGGUCAACAGUAUCAACAACCGGUUAACCAGCUUGCUCAACAACAAGCUGUACAGCAAAAUCAGACUAUUCAACCUGCAACCCCUGUGGUGGUGGUGCAAGCGAGACCAACUGAGGCUCCUGGAAGCAUGUUGUGUCCACACUGUAAGACCACCGUUGUGAGCACAACCGAAUACAAAUUGGGCAUGCUCACCUGGAUCAUUGUUGGAACACUGUUUUUUAUUGGGUGUUGGCCUUGCUGUUUGAUCCCGUUCUGCGUGGGUGCUUGCAAGGAUGUGCAGCAUUCCUGCCCGCAGUGCAACAACGUUCUGCACGUCUACCGUCGCAUGUGAACCAUAGUGAUUCACAUGCAGUUACUGCAGUUACUGACAUUUUUGCUGAAAAAAUACAUUUAUGAGGUUUUCCUGAAACCUUUUAACGAACUAUUGAUAUUUUACUCUUUAUGGUGUCUCAUUAACGAAUAAUUUUAAAAUUUUUUAACUUAAGAUCGGAAGAAAGUUUUUUCCUCAUUGUGGCCUAAAGAGAAGCUCUGCUCAUCCAAGUUGUUUUUAAUGACCUUGACAUAUACAAAUAUUUUUGGAAACAUUAGUUAAUGUUUUAAAGUAAUGUAAAAAUAUUUAAAACACAUCUUGAUGAAGGUCAACAUAAUUUUACAUUUUAAUUAACACUUUAAUAAUUUAAAGUCUUUCCGUAAUCAUUCAGCAUUAGUGUAUAUGUUGUUCUGUUACCAUUUCCUUAACAAUUAUUACCCUAAUCUAAUUAUUACUCAGUGAUUUACUUGGAUACUAGCCGCUGACGUGAGAAUGUUGUUCUGGUUGCAAAAGUAGAUUUCUCUUACUUUAAAUAGUGCAACAUUUGAUUAUUGUUGUAAUGAAUCAUGAAUCAGAACAUAAUAUCUACAAAAAAUAUCCUUCAAAAUAUCUGAAAUGUUUAAUUUGUCUGUUGAUUGAGGUCUUCUUGCACUGUACAAAGUUAUUUAAUUGAGAGCUGCACUGUAAAACUACAAUUCCCAAAGUCUGCGAGAAUUAAUGCUGUCAUUGAAAUAACACUUCUGAACUUCCUAAAAGAAUUAGGGAGUGUUUUGAUCAGUUCAGUUGGUAGAUAUAUUUAUAUGUGUUUUUCUUUAAAGGUUAUCUCAUUUAUCAUCUUAUAAGCAAUUGUGUUUCUGUAAGCAGAAGAAGAGACAAAACUGUGACAGCCCAAAAUACAGUGUAUCUGGAAAGACACGUGUGUGGGCUUGUAUUUGGUACAUCGUUGGGCCUAUUUUUUUUUUUUUUUUUUACAAAAAAUGCUACAUUCCUUUAUACAACUGAAUAUAAUUACAUAAUAAACAUAAUAAAACUUAAUACAUUCCUCAGAGAGCUUUAUGCUGAAAUGUUCCAUAGAUUCCUUUGAAAAAUGAUCAAAUACCCAGUCAAUUGUUGUGGCAUGACUGGGAGACAUCAGAUCGAUUCUGUUAUGUGGUAAAAAAAAGAGAUUAAUAUGGAGCCUCAUGAAGCACAGGGCUACAUUUUGUCACUGGAAAGAGACAGGGUUACUCUGAUUAACUGAAGAUGUAAAACUGAUGCAUGUAAGAUUGCAGCCAGGUUGAAACAGAUGAAUAGAUUAUACUGCCAUCAGUGAUCAGUAUAGAGCUUUUGCUUUAAUAGUGACAACCUGUAUUUUAUUUUAUUCAAUAUUUAGCCUAACACCAUGGGAAAAAUCAUGUCCGCAACAUUUUAAAGUAAAUGAACAAGUGAAAGUGAAUAGUGGGAUGUUUUCUGAGACGUCUAAAAGUUUACAAUAUGGCUGAAUGUCACCAUCAAGUGGUCAGAUGCAGGUAUUACACCCGCUCUGUUCUGAACACGUAGGUUCUCUGAAAAUAUGGAAAAUAACACUAAAUAAAACAAAGUUUAGUGAUCACAAAACAUGGGAAGUUUUGGUAUAAUACCUUUUACUUUAGGUAUUAUACCUAAAGUAAAAGGGAUAGUAAAAGGGAUAGCAGUGAGCACACAUUAGCUGGCAAAAAUAGUAAUGUAGUGUAGUUGCAAAAGUUAUUGCUAUUGUCAAGCCAUUAGCUGAGCCAAAACACAAAUACACCCUCAGUCUGUUAAGAUUUGUCUUCUACAUCGAAGCCCGGGACUAAAGCUGUCCACCACUGCAUGGCAACAACAGUCAUCACAGACGAAAACCUCCUAAAACACCUUCUAGCUUUUCUCCUCCCAUGGUCGGGUCACCUCCAACAAUCAGCAAUCAAAAUCUCAGGAUCAGGAAAAGAAAUUACAGAUGCUCACAUUUUUACUGGUGGAUCAUAACUAAGUAGAGCAGUAAAAAAAAAA